GAGGAAGCAUUCUGUCUCGAGUAGAGAGCAAGGUGCGGAUACCAGAGGAACUUAAGCCAUGGCUUGUAGACGACUGGGACCUUAUCACGGAACAAAAAAAGCUUCCCUGCAAUGUCACUGUGGACCAUAUUCUCGCGGAUUAUGUGAAACAGAAUACGUCAGUAAAAGGAAUUUCAUCUAACAAGGAGAGUGCCAUCAUCGAGGUGACAAAUGGUCUCAAGGAAUACUUUAAUGUGAUGCUAGGAAGCCAACUUUUGCACAAGUUUCAACGUCUUCAGUAUGCUGAUGCUUUAAAUGAAAGGCCGGAUACCCCUAUCUCACAAAUAUAUGGUGCCAUUCACCUGCUAAGGCUAUUCGUCAGGCUUGGCAGCAUGUUGGCUUGUACCCCGCUGGACGAGAAGAGUGUGCAGCUUCUGCUACAUCACAUUCACGAUUUUCUCAAGUACAUGGCUAGGAACUCGCAGCUGUUCAGCCUGAAUGACUACACAAUAGCACCUCCCGACUACCAACGGAAAGCCAUCUGAAAAAUGUAAAUCUGUGCUACAGAAAUAAAAUCUACAAUCACUUUGUCAAAAUAGUCUUCCCAGUACUUGCUGCAUUCAUUUACCCCUUUAAAUGAUGUAUCCCAUGAACAAAGACCCCAAGAAAAUAAUGAUAACAAUCGUGUAAUGGCUGUAUGUGACUGAUUGCUACCAUAGCCCCCAUGUUAACCGCAUUUAGGUUGUAUGUUUUGUUCAGAUAUAGUGUUCAUUUUCAAAGUUUAUUUCUCAUCCCUGAAUAUUUUGUUGGACAAAUUUUAUUUACCGAAGGUGUGCAUGCUCAUAGUGAAAUUGUGCAAGUUUCAAAUAUAAGAUUUUCAAACUCCCUU